AUGAGAAUGGGAUAUGUCAACAUGGCGGCUGCCGUAGAAGAAUUUCAGCCGUGGUUAAUUGAUAAAUUACGAUCUUUAAAAACUGAUGAAAGCGUAUUUGGUUCAUAUAUAUCUGGCAUUUUAGAAAGCGAAGAAUCUAUAGAUGAAAAAAAAGAUGCUUUAGAAGGCAUACUAUCUGAAAUUGUCGAGAAUGAUAUAUCACUUCACAUUAAUGAAAUAAUAGACAAAUGGGAGUUAUGCAAGCCUAAAAAAGAAGCUCCCAAAUCUGUGGCAGAUGUAGAUCUUCAAUUGGCUAAAUUGAUGGAAUCUCAGUCUUUAGCAACAACAACUCGUCGGGAAUAUACUGAUGAAGAAAAAAAAAUACGUGAAGCCAUACUGUCUCAAUAUAGUCAGCUGCCUGAUAAUGAGGAAGAUCAAGAACAUGAAGAGGAAACUGAUUCUCAGGAUUUAGUGAAAAAUACAAAUGCUACAGAUGUAGCAGCAGCUGCCCGGGAGCGUCGAGAACAAGCACGUCAAGAUGCUCAACGCAAAAAAGAAAAGGAUAAAGAGGACAGGGAAAAACAAAAGGCAUUAAAAGAAGAGAAAAAAGAAAAACGUAAAACACAAAAAGGUGAAAGAAAAAGG